AUGUCAAGAGCGGCCCAUAAUUCCAAGAAUCAUCCCAAGCAGCAACAGCCGCAUCAACAGCAACAACAAUCGCAGCAGCAACAGCAACAGCAUCAGCAUCAGCAUCAGCAGUCCCACCCUGAAAAUAACAUUAGUACCACCAUCAACGACACUACGGGAACGUUCACGGUUCUAAGCACUACGGGUCAUUCCUCGUCAUCGUCAUCAUAUGGAGGAAGAAAGACUAACAGCACCGGAAUCGGAUCUUCAGAGUCUGAUAACACAAAUAGCACAAGCACCUCUACUACGGACUCUACGAAUCGAACUCGAAAGAGCCGUGAGAGAUUUGUACGAGAUUCGCAGAGAUAUUCUCUGGGUUUAUUUAAGGAAGGAUCCAUUUCUGCAGGCAGUUACGGAAACUCGUCUAUACUAUUAAACUCGCUUUAUGGUACUACAGGAAUGACCGGGAUAAACAGUGGUGCUUUCAGAAUCUACGAUGAUUCUGAAACCACAUCACGCAGUGGUGACGUGCGAAACAGUGGUCACUCUGGCUCGCUUGAUGCUGGUGAUCUCCAUAGUAACACCAGCACUUCGCAUUCACGUUUCGAAACCUCGGAGGUUUCUACCAUCGCCAUGACGAACACUAGAUUGGUGGACCCGAUGAACCCGAUGAACCCGAUGGACCCGGUGGACCGAGAGGUUGAGAAUCCUGUCAUGGAUACUGCUAAUUUGAUUACGGAGGAAGAGCUUAGCGACGCUAUGAGGCAGCCUUCCAUGGUUAUAAGAACGACUCCCGAAUUGCAAGAAAAGCCUUCUUUAUGUGGCUAUUCGUUUAGCCUUGGAAAUGUAUCUAGUGCGUCGUCUUCCGCUGAUACAGCAAACGAGUCUAUACCUACUCCUGAGUUGGCAACGGGCCCAGGGCUACGCAAAUCUACUCCUGGGAUAUCGCACUAUCUUCUGACACAGGAGGAAGUGCAUAAUGCCUCGGGGGUCGCACCCUUCGAACAAAAAUCGUUUCGUCUCACAUCUAGUAGGGGCAGUGAAAGCUCCCAGGAAGACUCAGGCCGUCACGAUAUUCUGGGCUCAUUGCUAUUGAUGAACGAUGCGACAAAGAAGUCGGACAUAAAAGGCAGAAAUGAAUACAUUCAGCAAUUUUCCAAAGCACAUUUAGAAGGAAAGAACAGUGAUGAAUCUGGCAACAGCAAAUCCCCUAAAAUUUGCAGUCCGACUUCGUACGAUGCAAGCAACGAUGGUGAUGAUGGAUCUCAACACCAUAUGCUCCUCGGCGAAAAGAAAGGUACUCAAAGUGGUAAUAGCAGUGACACUCAAUACAAUAUUAGUGCUCACCACGCUCUGAGAUACAGUCCCUUAGACCCCGAAAAAUCGAGGAGUUCCACAACGGAGUGUAUCUGCCCAAAUUCUAUCGCUAUCGUAAUGAUCCUUAUAUCGGUGCUGGCACCUCCUUUCUGGAUUCUCAUAGCGGCAGGCUAUGCGGAUAACGCAUUUGGCUCAGUUCCGAGAGUUUACAAACUGAUCAGCGCAGCUCUUGCCAUCUUAAUAGCUAUAGCUGCCAUAAUAGGCAUUUGUGUAGGAUUCGGUUACGGGUUAACUCAUUAA